AUGAUUCCUCGCUAUAACCAGCAUAUCAAGUUCGCAAGAAAUGCCGUAUCCAAAUCUAAUAUUCAACAACGGCGAUCACUAAGUGUACCAUCGGGGCUUCUCAAAAUACCCAAACUCAAGACAAUGUUUGGUGUGAUGUCUGGAUUAUACAUUGGUGUUACACUAGUAUCUCUUGGCUCCUUUUACUUCAUUUACUCGGAUGCAAACUCGCGGCAGUCGAUUCCAUGGGAAUUAAGUUUUAAAGACACGGUUGAAAUAGUUCAAGGCAUAAAUCGAGAUGAUGUAUUACACAAGCCGCGAUACGCAGUUAAGCAUUACCGAAAAGUGUUGAUUGAUUUGGCCAAAGCUGCUGAUCCCCAGCUUGACGAACUGAAAUAUACCGGAUUUGAAGUACCUAUAAUUGACCCUGAAACAUUGGUAUACAAAAAAUCAAAUACGUUUGCCAAUUUCUACAUCGAUUUGAUUUUGAGGUACAGCAAGGCGUUACUUGCCAAAGGUGAACUUGAUGCCUCAAUUAAUACGUUGCAAGCCGUACUAAAGAGUGAUUUGAUCUACUACAAGUUGGGCGACGCAGAAAGAUUAUCCGAGUGUAGCAGACUAUACGCUACAAUUCAAGAUCACCCGCAGGACAGCAUUAAUACAUUGAAAAGAUCGAUCAAUAUGUUAAGGAAAACAUUUUCCUCUAUCCAGCUAAAUGAUGACUACACUUUACAAAAAGGUAGUAGAAUAACCAAUGAACUACUUCAUUGUUUAAACGAUAUGGCUUUCAGAUACGCCAAGAUGUCAUUAAACAAUAGUUUAUCUAAAAAGGAAAAAGAGCGAUACAUGAACGAAGCAUUGGCAAUCUAUUUAUCAAACUUGCAAGCUCUCAACUUGAUAAGGGAGAAUACGGAAACAGGUAAGACCAACCAAAGAAACUACCCAUUAUUCGACAUUGAGCGGGAAAAUCUUAUUCUUCAAAUUUGCUCAUUGAAAGCACAUAUUAGUGAAAUCAUGUGGUAUAAAGGUUUGAGGUCCAAUGCAGUGAGCUGGUCAGAAGAAGUGUUGAAAGAGAUUUUUUACGACAACGCAUCUUCUCCAAGAGUCUCACCCAUAUUGGAAAAUGUAAUAGAUAAUAUGAUUGCGAUGUACACGAAAUUAAAUCAACCGGACGAAGUUAAGAGAUGCGAAGGGAUCAAGCUGGAGUUGAGGUUCUAUAAUAAAGAGAAAGAGGGCAAAGGUUUUGCUGGCUGGUAUGACCGAUUAAUUGUUAGAUGGAGCGGUGUUUUAUACGACCAGGGUCCAAUCGGUAUUAUUACCAAGCCAUUGCGUGAGAACUUUGGUCCAGGUAUCAGAAUCAGAGAUCUUGAAGAAUUCGAGGGCGAGGAUGAGUUGUCAUGGUAUAGCAGAUAG